AUCAUGAUUUUGCUGAAUAUCAUCAGUACUCUCCUCAUGCUGGAUGACGUGGCACAGUUGAUGGCAGGCUCCUCUGCCCUGUCAGGGAUGGGGACUCAGGGUUGGAGGCCACCCAUGGACUGUGUGAGGGCCAGUGAGAUGUGUAACCAGAACCCCCAGUGCAGCUCUCGGUACCGCAUUAUGCGUCAGUGCUUGGUGGGCAGGGACAGGACCACCAUGCUGGCCAACAAGGAGUGUCAGGCAGCACUGGAGGUGCUGCAGGACAGCCCGCUGUACGACUGCCGCUGCAAACGCGGCAUGAAGAAAGAGCUACAGUGUUUGCAGAGCUACUGGAGCAUCCACAUGGGCUUAAACGAAGGAGAGGACCUGUAUGAAACUUCCCCCUAUGAGCCGAUGCAUCUCUCUGAUGAGUUCCGACUGGCCUCCAUCAUCUCAGCCAUGGACUCUGUCUCGGCGAAAGGGAACCUGUGCUCUGACACGGGCCGGCCCUGUAACCCUUGUCUGGAUGCGGCAAAAGCCUGCAAUCUCAACGACACCUGCAAGAGACAACGCUCCAUGUACAUCAGCACGUGCACCCGUGCCACGCCCAUCAUGCAGCUCCAGGAGCCCUGUAACCGUAAGCGCUGCCACAAGGCCCUGCGGCAGUUCUUUGACCGCGUGCAGACGGAGUUCAGCUACCCGCUCCUCUUCUGCUCCUGUCAGGACAAGGCCUGCGCGGAGCGCCGGCGUCAGACCAUCGUGCCCUCCUGUUCGUAUGAGGAGAGGAUCAAGCCCAACUGCCUGGAACUCAGACAGCUGUGCCGGUCCGACCCACUCUGCAGAUCCAGGCUGGCUGAUUUCCACAUGAACUGCCAGACGACCCCUCGCUCAAUAACAAGCUGUCCAAACGACAACCUCUACGGCUGUCUGGUCUCCUACGUUGGGCUCAUUGGAUCUGAUGUAACUCCGAACUACGUGGAUGCCAGUCACAGCAACAUCACCAUCUCCCCGUGGUGCAGCUGCAGGACCAACGGGCACCGAGAGGGCGACUGUGAAACCUUUCUCCGUGACUUCAGAGAGAACUCCUGCCUCAGAAACGCCAUCCAAGCAUUUGGUUAUGGAGUAGAUGGAGGUUUCAUCCCUAUUACAGAGUCUCUGCCGAUCAUGCCCUCUGUGCGGACCAAUCUACAACCAGCAAUUAUUACCAAACCAUUCAUUAACUCCAAUGACAUCAAACCAGGAGACAACGCGUGUGUGUUCUCCACGUGUGCAAACCUUAAGGACAGCGAACAGAAGUGUUUGCCCUCCAGCGGUUUUGAAUGUGAGGAAGAGGCCAUCCUGAAUACCAACGUCGAGGGCCCGGUGGACUCCAGGGGUUCUCCCUCAGCGGAGGAGGAGGGUGGAGCUGGGCACGCAUCUGCACCUCCUCCUGUCAGCCUCUCGACUCCCAUGCUUGUGCUGGCGUUUGCACAAAUCAACCAGAUUCUGUAA